AUGUCUUGUUGCAACGUGAGAGGUGGAAGGCAGUACUACUCAAUUAUUUCCAUUGUUCUACUCUUGUUGGCCUUCGUAUCACCAUUGAAGUGUUUAGCUAAAAGGCAUGACCUUGAGCUUGAUCUUCCUAUCAGUUCUUACAAGCCGCAUUCCAAAACCUUUAAUGUCUUUCUUUAUGGUGCUACUGGAGAUGGAACCACUGACGAUUCAAAGGCCUUUAAAGCAGCAUGGAAAGCUGCUUGCUUGGUCCCUAGAGCAACAGUUGAGAUACCUUCAGGCUUUACAUUUCUUGCUAAACCGAUCACACUUGAGGGUCCAUGCAUGCCUCAACUUAUUCUCCAGAUAGAUGGGACUCUUGUAGCCCCUCCUGCUGUGGCAAAAUCCAAGCGUUUACAAUGGAUCAACAUAAAAUGGCUUCAUGACUUCACCUUACAAGGAAGUGGCAGUGUAGAUGGUCAGGGUUUUGUCCUGUGGAAUAGCUCUGAAAUCCACCACAUUGAGAAAGAGACCAAAGAUGAGUCUUCUGUGAGGCCAACUAUCCUAAGGUUUUACAAGUGCUACAACGUGACCAUUCAUGGCAUUCAGAUCAUCAACAGUCCUCAGUGCCAUCUGAAGUUUGACAACUCUAUCGGCAUCAUAAUCAGAAACAUCUCAAUUUCUUCGCCGAAAGACAGUCCUAACACAGAUGGUAUUCACCUUCAGAAUACUUACGAUGUCGAAGUUAAGCACUCUGAUAUCGGAUGCGGCGACGAUUGCAUAUCAAUACAAACCGGAUGCUCUAAUGUCCACAUACACCAUAUCAGAUGCAGUCCAAGCCAUGGGAUCAGUGUGGGAGGACUUGGGAGAGGAAAUAGUUUGGCCUGUGUCUCUAACAUCUCUGUCGAAAAUAUCCUUGUUCAGAAUGCUCUAUCUGGAGUAAGGAUUAAAACAUGGCAGGGUGGUAUAGGAUCAGUGAAGAAUGUAUCAUUCUCCAAUGUUAGAGUUGAUCAUGUCGACACGCCCAUUGUGAUUGAUCAGUACUACUGCAACAAGAAGUGGUGUAGAAACAAGACUGAUGCAGUAGCCAUCUCUGAGGUCAUGUACAGAGGAAUAUCAGGGACCUAUUCCUUUGAACCUGUGCAUAUAGCUUGCAGUGAUAGCAUGCCAUGUACUGGAGUUGCUCUGGAGGACAUCAAGCUAUCCCCGGUAAAUGAAACCGAAGAUCGCAGGGAGGCCUUCUGCUGGAAUUCAUAUGGGGAGUCACAGGGCCUGCUCCAACCAUCUAGUGUUGGUUGCCUAGAGAGGACUACCAAGACGAUCAAGGCCCUGACCAAGUCUCACAAUGACUCUUGCUACUGAAUUGUACUGGUUAAAUUCUAAAUGCCAUACUUCUCU